CCGCGUUUGAAUCGAUCAAUUCAACGUGCCGCGGAGAACCGCAGAGCGCGAAACGGCAGAAGCAUGUUGUUAUACAUACAUAACGCACCGUUUCGCGCACUGAAUAGCGGCAGGUUACGAGAGAACCGCGAGAGAUAAAAAAUGUUGACUCAAAUUUGAAAAACGCCGACAUAAAGAAUCGUUCGAAAGUUCAACGAUGAGAUGGAUCAACCAAGAGGCCUUAUACCAAGUGUCGAAGCAUUAAAAUUUCCAAUCUACCAUGGAUGUGGGAUCCUUGAUCCCGGCUGGUCUGCAACCGAAUCGAUUAAACAUAACGAAUGUAACGGCCGGAUACAACAAGAUAUCGGAAAAUCUGAGGAAACUUGCCCCGUCGGCGAUGCAAUGCGCUAUUUUCUGCGGCGGUUCUAGGUGCAAAUAUGAAAAUCCGAAAGCGUGGCCUCCCGUCCAUAUGGCUAUACAGGACAUCUACUCCCACUGGGUCACCGAGGACGUUUUGGCGAUGGCACGACCGAGCACAGAGCAAAUAGUGAAGAAGAAAAUUGUCGCGCAAUUUCAGGCAUGGGGGAUUAAGACGAUCAUCAAUCUCCAGACUCCUGGAGAACACGCGAGCUGCGGGGGACCUUUGGAAGACAGUGGAUUCAGCUACGACCCGAACGUCUUUAUGGCCGAUAAAAUUUACUACUACAAUUUCGCAUGGAAGGACUACGGGGACGCGACCCUGGGAAAGCUCUUGGACAUGGUGAAGGUCGUCGCGUUCGCCGUUCAGGAAGGCAGAGUGGCGAUACAUUGUCAUGCUGGUCUCGGAAGAACGGGCGUUCUAAUAGCCUGUUACCUGGUCUACAGUCUUCGGGUGAGAGCAAACGACGCUAUAAGAUUCGUGCGACUGAAGAGACCCAACGCAGUACAAACAAGAGGGCAGAUUCUCUGUGUCCAAGAAUUCGAGCACUACGUUCUUCCGCACAUGAUGGUAUUUGCACCUCGUGACAUUUCAACCGGCAAUCGAUCAUCUACCAAGGCACCAUGCGGCCUACGUUCUUACAUGAGAAAACAGUCCAACAUUCUUCACGGCUACGAUCAGCGGACUUUCAAGCACAUCCCAAAAAUCGUCUUCGUAAUUUGCGAGCGAAUACUUCAGCUCUGCGAUUGUCGAAGUGACAACUCACCUUCCGAAAUAGAAUUUUUAGUAUCCAGUGUACCUUUUACGCAGAAAUUCUUGUACAAUAGAAUUGAGAAGAUGAGAAUUGACGGAGGCAACAUGCAACAUUCCUGCUCUUGGGCCGAUUCCUUGGCGGAUACUUCCUUCGAUGGCUCUGGCUCAACGGUUUGCGGUGAAGAUUCGAAUCGAGACACGUCGGAGGAUGUGUCGGCGAUUUCUUGUUCCUCGCCGGAGGCUCCGUCAUGCGUUUCGGAAUACUCUGUUCUGGAUGACAAUUUCAUUGACGAUGUACUAGGAGAUGGUAUACGUGAUGAACAUCUCUACGAGAACGGCUGUUACAAAGAACUGCAAUCCCAGCUUGACAUGAAAGCUGCGGUGCAGAGCAAAAUUAACGACUUUGUAGGCGCGGAUGAAGCAGCCCAGGCUCUGCUCUUUGACUACGAACUCUUACCAGUAUCUAGAAUAACACGGAUUCACGAGUAUCAGAUCGAUCUGAACAACAGACAAACUGCGUGGCAGAGACUCGAGCUUGAAACGGAUCUUCACGUUCUAUCCGCCCUUCUUUAUGACUGGUUGGAAAAUUUGAAAUACCCGGUUCUCGACAAGGACGAUUUGAGCUUGAUAGUUGUGUGGGGUUCGAACGUCGAGAAGUGUCUCGAAAAAUUGGAUGUCUGCGAUGGAUACUUGAUCGAGUAUCUUUUGAGAUUUAUCUUGAGACUGAGACCCUUAUCUUUAGAGGGACAAACUCUCUUGAUCAAGAGGCUGAUGGCUGCUCUGACACAGCAGGCAGUAUGGAUAAAUCGGACAUUGCUACCGUCGGGAAAAGAAUUCGGUAAACUGCGCGGAGGUACUUGCGGAAAAUUGAAUGAUUUUCUGGUCGGGAUGAUGAGUUUUAUUAUGGAGAUUAAUACUGUGGACAUUGACCGUUCCGUGUCGACAUUUUUUUGGUCAACAGCAAACCUUCCACAGGAGAAUGAUCGGGAAGAAGAUAACGAGGACGUUGUACAGUCCGCGUAGAAAAAAAAAAAAAAUAAAAUGGUUAAAAUAUCGAUCUGUUGCCGGUUAUUUUUCUCAAGUACGUAAAUA